UAAGGUCAGAGUUGAAAGUUCAAAGGAGAGAUAACCGAGGUUACGCAUAAUAUAUGCAGGUGUAUUCGUGUUUGGAGGCAAUCAGGGCCACAUGGUUUAUUCUUUUACGUUUACCAAAUCCACAUGUAUACCGAGCACUCUACGCGUGAAUAAGAAUCGCUACUAUGGCAAACCAGUACAUGAUUGCCACAGCAGGUCAGAAUUUUGACAGAUUCACGAAAUCAAGAUUUGAAAUCGGCAUAUGAAGACAACAGGACCCGGUCUUUGGGGGUUGUCCAUUCAACAUGGAAGUAGGAGGCCUCAGGAGUAUCAAAACAUACCUCUUGGGGCUGACCGUGCUAUCUGUUAUGGCAUGUAUUGUCCUGCAGUUUGUCGGACUGGAAUCGGGAACAAUUUGGCGCGGGUUACGACAAGGAAGAAAUGGGCUGUCCAUGACCCAUCUCCAGGGACGCGACCUGUCCACAAGGUCUACAGCUGCCAACGCCAGCAUUGCCUGCACUCCUCACGAUAACGUGGCGUUCAUCAAGGUGUACAAGUGCGGCUCCUCCACUCUCCAGUCCUUCUUCCUCCGCUACGCUCAUCAGCACGACCUGAUCCCAGCCCUCCCGAGCCGCGGGGAUCGUCCCAUCAUCGGCUGUGGGGCAGUCAUCCAGGAACACAACGUCUUGCAGCUUCCGGGAGAUCCCAAGUGGAACGUCUUCGCCCAUCACUUCACCUUCAACAAGACCGUCUUCGACCGCUUCAUGCAUCCGGAGGUCAGAUUCGUCGCCAUCUUGCGAAACCCCAUCGCCAGACUCAACUCUGUUUUUGACUACUUCAACAUGUGGCAAUACUUCACGAACAUGACUGAAAAGCGCCCCGAUGGACAACCGCCUGUCAUGACGUAUCUACAGGACCCUAGUGGAUGGGACAAGGCGUUUGUUGGACGUCAGAGCAGAUGUUACGCUGGAAGGUGUGUGAAAAACUGCAUGGCUAAGGACUUAGGAUACAACUCGCUGGACUCGGCAACCGAGUUUGUCAGCAAGGUGGAUAAACAGUUCUCUAUGAUACUGAUACUGGAACAUCUCAACCAUUCCUUAGUUCUGCUGAAGAGGAAGAUGUGUUGGUCCAUGAACGACAUCAUCUACUAUUUGGGCAAGAAGCAACGAGAACGAAAGGGGAACACAACCGUUCCGAUUACGGACGAAAUGAAAGCGCGGUACAGGGCGUCGAGUCCUGUAGACCACGAGCUCUACGACCAUUUCAAUCGCUCCUUGUGGCGACAGAUUCAACUCGAAGGGCGGGAUUUUUUCGAGGAACUCGGUCACUUCCAGAAGGUUCUGGACGAUAUCUUUGUUUUCUGUCACGGACGGAAAGAAAAGGGACAAAACGUUACCAUUCCCGCGUCAAAAUGGAACGAACCUAUCGUCAUUUCUGGGCACACUUGUACAGUCCUUACCUGGCUGAGACACAAUUGGGACAUGAUUAUUCGCAGAAGGUUAAUUAAACGUUUCGGAAAGGCGGAAGGAUGAUAUUAUUACUCAGCGGUUAUGGGCCAUCAGGUAUUGACAAAAAAAGCGACUCAUCGGACAGUUUGCCACCGUCCUACCUGUAGGCUCACGUGCAAAAUGCAACGGAAUCGCCCAGUGCAUGUCAGUACUCGCCUAGGGCUAGCCAGCUUUGGUCCGAUCUCAAAAUCCCCAUUGUCGUUUCGACUGUUGGGAGUGGAUCAAACUCACAAGGCUGUACUAGGCUGAAAGUUAUGGUAGUACGAUAUUCUCAAACGCCGUCGCUGUGAGGUUGUUUUUUGUUUGUAAGCAAUGUGCAGCCCAACUGUUUUCUCAGUUUGCCUUAUGAUGUCUCUCUUGUAUUGCUGUAUAGAUAGUUUUUUUUCAUUUAAAUGAUAACAGUACGUACCUCAAAGAUCUAUUCCAUACCUGUUUUAUUUCAUAUUCCAUUUCUAUCGUUGCUAUCAUUGAACAUCGAGAAACAUCAAGAGAAAGUUUAUGUACACAAUA